UAGUGUGUGAUCAAGUGAAUCAUUAAAGUACGUAGAAGAGGACGAAAAAGUGGUGGUUUGUGCGUCUAUCGACAGAUAUCCGCAGGAUAACAUAUAGUCGCCAUUUUGAUCGUUAUGGACCCCUCCUACUGUCAGCUGUUCACUACGAAAAAAUUCUAGAGUUGAUGUAUGGUUAGGAUUGUGGCAUCUGGGCACCAGUGCCACUCAACAGCGCUAUGACCAUCGCAAUGAUAGCAAACCAGGACCCACAGGAGGGACCACCCAACACUCCACCGCAGGGUGGUGAUGGAGAGGUGUUGGGCGAUGGCGAAGGUGAAGAAAUAGCAGGGGGAGAGCCAGACUUUCCCUUAGCUGCCCUGGCGAGGCUAGAUGAAAUGAUUCAUCGUCAGCGGUGGGUAGUCCCGGUCCUGCCUAAGUGCGAGCUCGAAAUUUUACUUGAGGCAUCUAUUGAUUUAUGCACAAGAGGUCUUGACACUAGGAGUGAGGCUUGUCAAAGAUUCUUUCGUGAAGGUCUCACAAUUUCCUUUACAAAAAUCCUUACUGAUGAAGCUGUCAACAGUUGGAAGUUUGAAAUUCAUAGAUGUAUUCUUAAGAAUUGUGAAAAGUUGAUCGAAUUAGUAGUAGUUAAGCUAAAUCAGGACUGGUUUCCAUUACUUGACCUUCUUGCCAUGGUGCUCAACCCUAAUUCCAAGUUCCAUACAUUUAAUGGGGCGCGCCCAUCUGAUACGUUAUCGCAGCCUGAUGUAGAAAUAUUUGCCCGACCACCUGAUCCUAGAAAUCCCAGAGGGUGGCUUGUCGAUUUGAUAAAUACAUUUGGCAAGCAUGGGGGCUUCCAGAUUCUCCUUGAACGUUUUCAGUCUGGGAAAAAUCUUUCGGUUCCAGUUAUCUGCGCUCUGCUUCGACCUUUUGGCCUGUGUUAUGAAAUGCUCACAACAUCUACCAUAGAGAAAUAUUUCAUGACCAUUAUAGAAGUAGUACCUGCAUUUUUGGAAAAUCUCACCGAUGAGGAAUUGAAAAAAGAAGCCAAAAAUGAGGCUAAAAAUGAUGCGCUCUCUGUAAUCAUCAAAGCCAUUAAGUGCCUGGUGUCUCGAGUGCCCAGUCAGGAAGAGACUGCCAAAAAUCUAGAGAUAUUUAGACUAAAAAUGAUACUCAGGUUAUUACAAAUAUCUUCCUUUAAUGGAAAAAUGAAUGCCUUGAAUGAGGUGAACAAGGUCAUCACCAACGUAUCUUAUUACUCACAUCGUCAUGGGCCUGUAGAAGAAGAGGAAUGGCUCACUGCAGAAAGAAUGGCGGAGUGGAUAAAAGAAAAUAGAGUUCUACAAAUUGUUCUUCGGGACUCUCUACAUCAGCCACAGUAUGUAGAAAAACUAGAAAAGAUUAUAAGGUUCAUCAUUAAAGAGAAGGCUUUAACGUUGGAAGACCUAGAUGACAUAUGGGCUGCUCAGCAUGGCAAACAUGAAGCCAUUGUAAAAAACGUUCAUGAUCUUUUAGCAAAACUGGCCUGGGAUUUUUCACCAGAGCAACUUGAUCACUUGUUUGGUUGUUUUCAGACUAGUUGGAGCCAGGCGAGUAAAAAGCAGCGAGAAAAACUUUUAGAACUUAUCAGAAGAUUAGCUGAAGACGACAAAGACGGAGUUAUGGCACACAAGGUGUUAACCCUUCUGUGGUCACUUGCACAUUCAGAUGAUGUUCCAACAGAGAUUAUGGAUCAGGCACUUACUGCUCAUGUAAAGAUUCUAGAUUACUCUUGUUCUCAGGACCGAGACACUCAGAAAAAACAUUGGCUGGAUAGAUGUGUGGAAGAAUUGAAACAUGACAAGUGGGUACUUCCAGCAUUAAAGCAGAUAAGAGAAAUUUGCUGUUCGUACAGUGAGGCACCACCAAAUUUUUCUCAGCAUCAGCGGCCUACCCCUCAUGUCAGCUAUAGGCAUGACAUAAUAUCAAAGCUUCAAAAUCAGCAUUCCUUAGUAGUACUUGUUGCUGAUAAUUUAACGACAUACAUGAAAAAUAUUAGGUUAGCAGCCAAAGAAAAUCCUGACCUUAACCCAGCAGAAAUAGUUCCGGAUAGUCGUUACAAUCACAUAUUUCAGGUUCAGGAGCGGUUAAGUUUCCUCAGGUUUCUACUUAAGGAUGGUCAGUUGUGGCUGUGUGCACCCCAGGCUAAACAAAUAUGGAAUUGCCUUGCUGAAAAUGCUGUUUUUACUGUUGAUCGAGAAUCCUGUUUUAAGUGGUUUUCCAAGCUUAUGGGCGAUGAACCUGACCUAGAUCCUGAAAUAAACAAAGAUUUUUUUGAAAAUAACAUUUUACAAUUAGAUCCCUCUCUUCUAACUGAAAAUGGCAUGAAGUGCUUUGACAGAUUUUUUAAAGCUGUCAAUUCAAAAGAGGGGAAACUGGUUCUUAAAAGAAGAGUUUACCUCAUGGAUGAUGUUGAUCUAAUAGGGGUAGACUAUGUGUGGAGGGUUGUACUGUGUGGCUCUGAAGACAUAGCAGGUCGUGCUAUUGAGCUUUUACGAGAGACUUUCACAAAUUUGGGACCAAGGUUACAAGCAAAUCAAGUUAUUAUUCAUGAUGACUUUCUUUCUAAUUGUAUGUCCCGACUUAAGGCAAUGUAUGACACUGUAUCAGUGUUAGAUCGGGAUAAAGAUUCGGUCAACAGGGUCCGCCAGGAAACGACAAGGAUGUGCCGUGUUUUAAAAGUUCUUCAUGAAUAUGUGUCUGAAUGUGAUGGAGACUUUGGGGAUGAUAGGACAAUUCUUCCACUUGGAAGAGCAUCAAGAGGAAAGCACAUGUCUCUCUUGGUUAGGUUUCCUGUCCAAGGCCGACAACCAGACGAGUUGGAUGUUUGGACUCACACUAAUGAUACCAUGGGUUCAAUUAGAAGACAGGUCUUGCAUCGGUUGAAAUCAACAGCUCCCAAUGUAAAAGUUGAACUCUAUUUGAAUACAGAUCCCAUAGAUCCAGUGGAUGACAAAAAGAUAAUUGCAAAUAUGCCUCUCAGGGAUAAAAUGGUGUUGACAGCCAAAUUAGUCCAGGUAGGAAACAAUAUGCCAUCAUCCCCAGAUAGCUCCUCUGAUUCAUCAACUGGGUCUCCGCAACACCCGUAUGAAGGUCCAAAUGUUGAAGCAGAAAACUGUCUUCCUGGUGUGAUCAUGUCUGGGCAAGCAAAAUAUACCCAGUUUUUACUGCAGUUGGCUGACUUAGGUUGCACCCUACAGUUGCCCCAGCUAAGAGAUAGUGCGCGGGCACUUUUAAAUAUCAUGCCUGCAGAUCAACACACAGGCAACAACCUACGUACAGCCUGUUUAGAACAUGCUAAGUUAGGAGAGCAGAAUGCUUCACUAACUCUGGAAACUUUGGUGUUCUCUACUUCACCUUCACAAGUACUAUACAACCUCCAGGUACUGUAUUCACUACUAAUGCCUGCGCUUAAUCCUAUGUCAGAUAAGGCAAUGGAGUUCCAGUACAAUUUCAUGAAGUGUGGUGGUGUUAAGAUCAUCAUCGAUAUGCUGAGCAAGAAUAAUUUUCUUUCCAGCACUGAUAUGCCUACUAAAAGAUCUGCCUUUUUGGUUGUUUUGAAAUUAGCAAAACUGGCAUUUGUGACAGUUGGCUAUGCCAUUGUUGGUGUUGUAGCUGGAGCUGUUACCUCAACUGGGACCACAGCCACCAAUACCAAUGGUGGUGGAUCGGAUGGUAACUCAUCUCCAGCAGGCAGUACUGGUUUGGCAACAUCUACUCACACUCAAGCCUUAGUUCUCCAAGAGGCCCUUCAUCACAUACCAAAUCCUACUUCUGAUUGUAUGGUGCGGAACGUAGCCUCUCGUCUGGCUCAAUCACUUCACGACCAGGUCACUAUCACAUCAUGCCUCUGGGCUCACUUUGUAACAGGGGUUGUUCCAGAUAUGAGUGUAGUUCGUUCAAUUCUCCAAAUUACUUGGGCUUCAGCAGCUGGUCAAGUUCACCUACUUACUUCUUCCCUAGAUGAAAUUGAAAAGGCUGCAGAAAGACCACCAACAAAGCCACCAGAUCCAGAAGACCUUCAGGUUUGCCGUGAAGGAUUGGAGACUUUAUCAGUGGUCUUAGCAUUGUAUCCUCCUGCAUUAGAAACCCUAACUAAGGAUACCCAGUUUCAUAAAUUGGUAAUGGGUUUGGUGCUGGUGGGUGGGGAGCGCAGUAUUCGCCAGUGCGCUAUGGAGCAGCUUUUACUCAUGGCCACCAAAUGCUCGAAUUCUCCACAUACCCUCGUUGUCUUCAUUGUGAUGCUUUUUAAUGUUCUAAAUGGACUAAACAAUGAUUACUCUAAGGAAUAUUUCCAGUUAUUGUGUGGUUUGUUAAAUUGGGCGUGUGUGUCAAGUGUGGCUGUGACAGGUGUUGAUCGCCUACUAACGAAUGAGAUAGAAUGGCUGAAAAAAGUUAGGACCAGUGUAGCACAGUCAGCCCAGGGUGGACCCGAGUCACCUGUAGACGACACCCUGCUGGAAGGUCAUCUGUGUGUAACACGGGAACUUGUAGCAUUUCUUCCUCCUGAAAAGAAGUAUGAAAUUGGUGGUGAUCCUUCUAAGUCAAUUUUUCUAAUUAAGGAACUAGUAGAAGACUUUAUAUUCCCCUUUUCUAAGGUGUACCUUCAGUUAGAGCAUGCAGCAGAGGUGCCUGCUGAGCAGGCCAUACCAGUAUGCUCAACGCAACCAACUGUGAUAGCAGCAUAUGAACUUCUAGUCACUCUAUGCACCGGCUGUGUCCCUAACCUCAAACUGUUGGCAGAUAUGCUCACCGAUAUGUAUUAUUCAGCUGGUGACGAAAGCUUAGGAGAAUGGGAGUAUUUGCCACCUGUGGGUCCCCGUCCACCAAAGGGGUUUGUUGGACUAAAGAAUGCUGGGGCCACUUGCUAUAUGAACUCUGUUUUGCAACAGUUAUACAUGAUAAGGCAGAUAAGAAAUGGUGUUUUAGCUGUGGAAGGAGCAGCAACAGAUCCUGAAGAAGACUUCAGUGGGGAAGAAAGGAUGGAACAAGAAACCAACUUGGAUGGUAGUGAAGAAGAUGCCAUGAGUAACAGCUCAAAUGAAGAGAGUCGUAAAGAAUACCAUAUUGGUAUUCUUAAGCAGGUUCAGGCUAUUUUUGCACAUCUGGCAUGCUCAAAGCUUCAAUACUAUGUUCCAAGAGGGCUUUGGAAGCAUUUCAAAUUGCAAGGAGAGCCUGUUAACUUAAGAGAGCAGCAUGAUGCCUGUGAGUUUUAUAAUAUUUUGGUAGAAAGUUUGAAUGAAGCAUUAAAAGCUCUUGGACAUGACCAAAUCAUGAAUAAAAUCUUAGGAGGAUCUUAUUCUGAUCAAAAGAUCUGCACUACGUGUCCGCAUAGGUAUUCACGGGAGGAAACAUUUACUGUCAUUAGCAUAGACAUAAGGAAUUACAGCAAUCUUUAUGAUUCUCUCGAACAGUAUGUGAAAGGGGAUCUUUUAGAAGGAGACAAUGCAUAUUUAUGUGAAAAAUGUGAUAAAAAGGUUGAUACUGUAAAGCGAAUUUGUCUGAAAAAAUUGCCUCCAAUCUUGGCAAUACAGUUGAAGAGAUUUGAUUAUGAUUGGGAACGUGAGUGUUCUAUCAAAUUUAACGACUACUUUGAGUUUCCAAGGGAAUUAGACAUGGAUCCAUACACAGUUGCUGGUUUGGCCCGUAAUGGUGAGCUGAUCGAUUAUGACCCAGAAGAUAUGAAAACUGUUGUUUGUAGUAAAUACAAGCUAACAGGCAUUGUAGUUCACAGUGGACAGGCCAGUGGUGGUCACUACUACUCCUACAUUCUGCACAGAAACAGCGGAGAGCAGCGUUGGUACAAGUUUGAUGAUGGUGAAGUGACAGAAUGCAAAAUGGAUGACGAGGAAGAAAUGAAGAAUCAGUGCUUUGGUGGUGAAUAUGUUGGUGAACAAGUGUUUGAUAAUAUUAUGAAGAGAGUAAGUUACCGUCGCCAAAAGAGAUGGUGGAAUGCAUACCUUCUUUUUUAUACUCGACUUGAUGUGGAGGAGGAUAAUCUCUGCAAUUCUAUGAGUGAAUUAGGCUUAGCGGAACGACCAGGGUUAGUCAAAAUGCCAAGUGCCAUUGAGAGAUCAGUUGUUCGUCAGAAUGUACGGUUUAUGCAUUCCCGGUCCCAGUUUUCUCCAGAAUAUUUCCAGUUUCUCAAAAAGCUUAUUAUGACAAAUCAUCCAUUUGUUAUACAAACUCCACAGGACAGGGUUGCGGAUUGUGAACACAUUGCUAUGAUAAGUACGCAGUUAUGCAGCAAAUUCUUGUUUUCCGUUGGCUUGCACACUAAAAAGACACUAAGGGGUCCAGCAAUGGAGUGGUAUGAUGCAUUAUUGGUACAUUUAAGGGCAUCAGUUCAAACAAGAGCGUGGUUUGCUCAGAACAUGCUAUUUGCGCAUCCACACCGUUUUAUGGAAUAUUUGUUAGAAUGUCCUGCUCCUGAGGUGCGAUUGGUAUUCAGCAAACUUAUAGUUUUAGUGGCCCACUGUGCUCGCAAUGAUAGCCCACUGCCUAUGGGUUGGGGACCUUUGAAGCAUCACCCAGGAUUCGAUAUGGCCAGUGGUGCCUGUACCUUAAGUGAUCAACUUUUAGUGGCUGUGUUACAGUUGCUAAAUAAAGAGGUGUCUGAGCAUGGUCGACAUCUUGCACAGUACUUCCAUCUCUUCAACAUGUAUGCAUCAAUAGGGCCACCAGAGAAAUUACAACUUCUUAAGUUGAAUGUUGUGGAAAUGUUUAUGUUAGUAGCAUUGGAUGAAGGACCUGGGCCAGCAAUCAAAUACCAGUAUGCUGAACUUGGGAGGCUGUACCAAGUAGUCUCACAAUUAAUUCGAUCAUGUGAUGUUUCAUUUAAGCAACAGUCAUCACAAACGAAUACUGGUCCUCUCCCAAAUCCACAUGGAGACCCAUCAUGCCCUGAACCUCUUAUGACCAUUCAGCCAAAAGUAGCAGACAUCCUUUAUGGACGAGCAACGUAUGUCAAGAAAAUAAUUGAGGAUGCCAAUGCCUCAGAAGACACUGUGAAAUUACUGAAAUUUUGCUGCUGGGAAAAUCCACUGUUCUCAUCAACUGUGCUCUCAGAGCUUUUGUGGCAAAUUGCAUACUCUUACACUUAUGAGUUGAGACCAUAUUUAGAUCUCCUUUUACAUAUGCUGCUGCUAGAAGAUUCUUGGCAAAAUCAUAGGAUUCAUAAUGCUCUUAAGGGUAUUCCUGACGAUCGUGAAGGUCUUUUUGAUACUAUACAAAGAAGCAAAAAUCAUUAUCAAAAGAGAGCAUAUCAGUGUAUAAAGUGUAUGGUAGCAUUGUUUUCCACGUGUUCUGCAGCACAGCAAAUGCUUCAUUCUAAUGGUGACCUGAAGCGCAAGUGGACUUGGGCUGUUGAUUGGCUCAAUGAUGAAUUGGAUCGCCGACCAUACGCAGCAGCAAAUCAACAGUAUGGUUUUAAUAACUGGUCUCCUCCUGCACAGAGUAAUGAAACGAGCAAUGGCUACUUCUUGGAGCGCUCUCCAAGUGCAAGAUCUACCCUUGAAAGAGCCUAUGAAUUGUGCCCAGAAGAUGAGCCUGAAGCAGAAGAAUGUGAAGAAGCAGAUGUAGCUGUCCCAGAAGAAGUUGCUCCUCUUCCUCCUGUAGGAGAUACUGACCAGUUACAUCAGCAAAAAGUACAGUUGACGCAACAGCAACAGUCUCCUGCACCUUCACAGCCACAACCACCUCCUCAACCAAUGCAACAAAAUCAGCAGCAACAACAACAACUACUGCAACAGCAGCAACCACAACCGCAACAACAGCAGCAGCAACAGCAGCAAAAGUUACCUACCUCAGGACCCCAGCCUUCUAGCUCACAAGUAAAUUGUUCACAGAAGGGUUCUCCAAAUAAUAGUCAGAGUACAUGUGACACUGGAGGAGUUGUAACUGUUAGUGGCACUUCUGGAAAUGGAGAGAGUUCUUCAAGUGCCAAUCUAGCCACAACAGUUGCUGUUACACCAACACCAAGUUCAAUAGCUGGAGGCCUCCCAGGAAGCACCACCACUACAACCACAACUACUAAUAGCAAUCAAGGAGGAACACAGACUACUACUAGUAGCAGCUCCAGCAGUGGUGGUAGUGCAACUGUCAGUAAUCACAGCAGUGGAGGGGGUACAAGCAAAACCAAUUCUUCUCCACAGUCUACCCCUACUGCUGUACCAGUUGUGCAGGAUAAUUCACAGGAAAAUUAAUUAUUUUUAUUGGAAAAAAUUAUGGUAAUACAUGUGACAUUCAACUAAUUGUGAAAUGAAGUUUCGUAGCAUAAUUGUGCUAUAAAAAAUGGUGAUGAAAUUUCCAUUUAUCGUGGAUAUCUCAUGGGAUGUAAAGAUUCUCAGUAACUGGAAUGCCACCACAAAUUACCCAGUUAUGUGUAUAUGGAAAAUUGAAAAUGAUUCAUAAGAUUUUAAUCUUAGGUCUAUUUAAAUGAAGUUCUUGAACUGAAUUUUACACACACACACCACAC